AUGCCAACAGAGCCAGCAUGGCCGCCCUUGCGUGCAGCCAAACAAGCUAUGAGGAGAGAAAUAAAGAAACGAGUAGCUGCGUUGGACGAUCAAGAGAAACUUCGCCAGUCUCGAGUCAUUUCGCAAAAGCUCUUCCAGCACCCCAAGUAUGCCAGGUGUGAGCGCAUCGCUGUGUUCCUCAGCAUGCACGACGAGGUGAGAACAGAGGAGAUCAUUCAGGACUUGUUUAAGCACGGUAAGACCUGCUUUAUGCCCAAGUACUUGACCCAGGGCACCAGUAACCACAUGGACAUGGUGAAGCUCACCAGCAUGGAGGAUAUGAUGUCACUGCCUCUGACUUCUUGGAACAUCAGACAGCCUGCCGCCGCCGACAACACCAGAGAGGAGGCCUUGGAGACAGGAGGUCUUGACCUGAUCUUGAUGCCAGGCCUGGGAUUUGACAGGAAUGGGAAUCGUCUGGGCCGAGGGAAGGGCUUCUACGACUCAUACCUGGAACGCUGUAUGAAGCACCCCAAGGGGAAGCCAUACACCAUCGCUCUGGCCUUCAGGGAGCAGCUGUGUCAAGACAUACCUGUGGGCGACAACGACGUGCUGAUAGACGAGGUCCUGUGUGAUGUCCUGGACUAGUUCAAAGGCACAUUUUCAUAUUUCUGAAGUAAAUCUCUAUUUGUGAUGUAAAUGAAAUGUCCUAGAAGGGUUCAGACACCUUUUUUGUGCUUUGUCUUGUUUUUGAGAAACUUACCCCAGCCGUGGUACACUUCGUUGCUCGUCAGGCAACGCAAAUGACAUGAACAAAACCCACCCAAAUAUGUUGUUUUAGAAACAGAAUUUCAGUAUAGUGAUGUAGGUCUUUAGAUGUUGUACACAUUAAAUAGUGUCAUUCCAAACUUGAUCCACAACGUUAUGUUCCAUUUUGUGCGACUGGAGCCGUUUGUUCUAGCAGCUGUGCUGCGUGGGCUGUGUCCCUGUACUAAAGGGGCUCAACCUGCACGGCUGUGUCCCUGAACUAAAGGGGCUCAACCUGCACGGCUGUGUCCCUGUACUAAAGGGGCUCAACCUGCACGGCUGUGUCCCUGUACUAAAGGGGCUCAACCUGCACGGCUGUGCUGCGCGGGCUGUGUCCCUGUACUAAAGGGGCUCAACCUGCACGGCUGUGCUGCGUGGGCUGUGUCCCUGUACUAAAGGGGCUCAACCUGCACGGCUGUGUCCCUGUACUAAAGGGGAUCAACCUGCAUGGCUGUGCUGCGUGGGCUGUGUCCCUGUACUAAAGGGGCUCAACCUGCACGGCUGUGUCCCUGUACUAAAGGGGAUCAACCUGCACGGCUGUGUCCCUGUACUAAAGGGGAUCAACCUGCACGGCUGUGCUGCGUGGGCUGUGUCCCUGUACUAAAGGGGCUCAACCUGCACGGCUGUGCUGCGUGGGCUGUGUCCCUGUACUAAAGGGGCUCAACCUGCACGGCUGUGCUGCGUGGGCUGUGUCCCUGUACUAAAGGGGCUCAACCUGCACGGCUGUGUCCCUGUACUAAAGGGGCUCAACCUGCACGGCUGUGUCCCUGUACUAAAGGGGCUCAACCUGCACGGCUGUGUCCCUGUACUAAAGGGGCUCAACCUGCACGGCUGUGUCCCUGUACUAAAGGGGCUCAACCUGCACGGCUGUGUCCCUGUACUAAAGGGGCUCAACCUGCACGGCUGUGUCCCUGUACUAAAGGGGCUCAACCUGCACGGCUGUGCUGCACGGGCUGUAUCCCUGUACUAAAGGGGCUCAACCUGCACGGCUGUGCUGCGCGGGCUGUGUCCCUGUACUAAAGGGGCUCAACCUGCACGGCUGUGCUGCGCGGGCUGUGUCCCUGUACUAAAGGGGCUCAACCUGCACGUCUGUGCUGCGCGGGCUGUGUCCCUGUACUAAAGGGGCUCAACCUGCACGGCUGUGUUGCACAGGCUGUGUCCCUGUACUAAAGGGGCUCAACCUGCACGGCUGUGCUGCGUGGGCUGUGUCCCUGUACUAAAGGGGCUCAACCUGCACGGCUGUGCUGCGCGGGCUGUGUCCCUGUACUAAAGGGGCUCAACCUGCACGGCUGUGUCCCUGUACUAAAGGGGCACGCUCAACCUGCACGGCUGUGCUGCGCGGGCUGUGUGGAUUUAAAUGUGAUCCCAGCUAACAGAUAUUGGUUCCCAGAACACUGGAAGUUUUCAAACGACAAUUUCAAACAACCAAAAUAGAACCUUUAGGGAACGUUCUGUGCUAGCUGUGAUGAUAUUGUUUGGUAUGAUGAUAUGACAUUCUCAUAAGACAUGAAGCUGUGAACUAGUCAACAAGACAGUGGUGGAGCUGAGUCUGGUGGCCCCAUUCCAAACGGAUCAUUAGCCCUUACUUCAAGGUUUUUGUUUAAAUACUGAUCCAAUCCAUUUAAAUCUUCUAGUGGGGGCAUCAACAAGGGCCUAAGUAAGGGGCCAGGGUUCAGUUUGGACUUGGGACCUCUUAAGUGCUUGCUAAAGACCCCUAGUAAUCAUAAUGGUCAAAAGAGUUGUCUUAGUAUGUGCCUGAAUUGGUGAGGAAUAAACUGUUCUCUACAGAUGACACUUCUACCAGGUGACACUACCUUGUUUCCUUUUCAAGAUUCCUGUGAUUUCAGUUAUUAGAUUUUUUUAAACUGUCAAACGUCCUGGUCUUCUGUAAUGAGAUGAUUAUGCUGCCAUCAGGGGACAAAGGAAGUUCAGUUAGGAAUAAAGAUGGCUGAAUGAA